AUGCGAUUUAAAACUUGUCGUCUACUUUCAGGAAAUGUUCGGAACAGAGAACUUACAAUAAUACAACGCCGCAUUCUCCGAAGAUUGAGGAACAAGAAGAGAUCUAUUAAGAGAAAGAUUUAUCCGAGAGAAAAUCUUAACAGUUACAUCCAAUCACAAACUACACGAAAGUUGCCCCUUUUUCAUGGGGAUUUACCCAUCACAGAGAUGCACAGAGGAACAGAACGAACUUCAUAUAUCCCUUUUCUACUCAAUCCAGAAACAAGAUCGGACGUUAUUCCGGUUCGUCUCCAUUUUCGUGAAACUAUUCCUCAAGCAAGGCAGCCGAUAAGUCAUCGAAGGGUUUGUGUGAAUAAUCGAAUGGUAAGCAUUACUCGUUUGAAAGUUUCCCACGGUGAUCUAAUAUCUUUUCAAGAAAAUGACGCGAGAAUCCGCGGUGAAGAAAUAAGGAGAUCUUUCUAUAUCGAAAUAUCAGUUGAAAAAAUCAUAGGAAAAUUCCUGGAUCACCCGGUAAGAAUGUGGAGAAGAACCAAAACAGAAUGGUUCCACCUACUCAAAACUAAGCGGGGAUGCCGCCUACUACUAAAAUCCCGGUUUUUGCAACAACAGUUGCGUUAUUCUAUGCAAGAAGAAGACUUUGAAAGAACAAAGAAGUUUGGAUCCGAAAAAGUAUGCUUAGGCAGUUCCUUCGCUGAGCACAACAGAAUGAAGAGGAAUUUGUAUCAUUUCAAAUCCCUAUUCUUAUCGAAGAGAAGAAACGAGAAAAACCGAUAUCUUCCUACUCGAACAAGAAGUCCUAUAGUUUACAACUCUUCUUUAUAUAGUAAUUCGACCUAUUGCUCCUCAUCCCCCCAUAAGUUUACUAUGAAGAGAAGGAAGAGAAGAAUCAAAAGGAUCGAACUACCUACUCAUUAUUCGGAGGUGAAUCAUAGAACACCAAAAGCGGUGGUAUUUUAUGGACCUAACAUAGGUCACAUCCCUCACGACAUAAGAUUGAAAGAUCCAAACCUUCCUCUUCGGAGCGGAAACGGACGUGGCCAAAACAUAUAA